GAGGCAGCGGCGGUGCACCAGCAGUGAUAGUGGGAGCUCUGGUCCUCUCUCUCCCAGAAGAUGCUCAACAACCUAACUGACUGCGAGGAGGGGGAUGGGGGCACUAACAGCCAGGGAGAUGGAAACCCCAAAGAGAGCAGCCCGUUUAUCAACAGCAGUAGCAGCAUUGAUGUUGAGAAGAGCCAGCAGUAUGAUGGCAAGCACAUGGCCCUGUUUGAGGAGGAGAUGGACACCAGUCCUAUGGUUUCCUCUUUGCUUAGCAGCCUCGCCAACUACUCCAACCUGCCGCAGGGAAGCAAGGAGCAUGAGGAGGCUGAGAAUAAUGAAGAGGCCCGCAAGAAGACAGUGCAGGCUCCUCGUAUGGGCACGGUGAUGGGUGUCUAUCUGCCGUGCAUGCAAAACAUCCUGGGGGUGAUCCUCUUCCUUAGGAUGACGUGGCUGGUGGGGGUCGGAGGCGUCCUGGGAACCUUCCUCAUCGUCUUCAUGUGCUGUUCAACGACUAUGCUGACUGCCAUUUCAAUGAGUGCAAUUGCUACAAAUGGAGUAGUGCCAGCUGGUGGCUCGUACUAUAUGAUCUCCCGCUCUCUGGGGCCUGAGUUUGGCGGCGCAGUAGGCAUCUGUUUCUACCUGGGAACCACUUUCGCUGGAGCCAUGUAUAUACUCGGCUGCAUUGAGAUUCUCCUGAUCUACAUAGCUCCAAAGGCAGCUGUAUUUCAAAUCGAAGGUCUGGAGGGACCCGAAGCAGAAGCUGCAAUGCUCAACAACAUGCGUGUGUAUGGCAGCAUCGUCCUCUCCUUCAUGGCCGUGGUGGUGUUUGUCGGUGUGAAGUAUGUCAACAAGCUGGCGCUGGUUUUCCUCGCCUGCGUCAUCCUUUCCAUUCUGGCUGUUUAUGCUGGAGUGAUCAAAAGCGCCUUCGACCCGCCAGAUUUCCCGAUUUGCGUGCUCGGUAAUCGGACUCUGAUGUCUAAGGGCUUGGAUAUCUGCGCAAAAACCAUCGAGUCAGGCAAUGGAACAGUAACCACCAAACUCUGGAGAAUGUUCUGUGACUCUGAGUUCCUCAACGCCACAUGUGAUGAAUAUUUCACCAACAACAACAUUUCUCAGGUGCAGGGCAUUCCCGGCAUCACCAGCGGCAUCCUGGCAGAGAAUCUCUUUAGCAGCUUUAUGAAGAAGAAUGACAUCUUAGCAAAGCGAGGUCUUGCUGCAGUAGUUGACCCCGACGCUCCAAUAACCAACUCUAACCGCUACGUGCUAGCAGACAUCACCAGCUUCUUCACCCUGCUGGUGGGCAUCUAUUUUCCCUCCGUCACAGGUAUCAUGGCUGGCUCUAACCGCUCUGGUGACCUGCAGGAUGCCCAGAAAUCCAUCCCCGUUGGCACCAUCCUGGCCAUCAUCACCACCUCCAUCAUAUACAUGUCCUCUGUGAUUCUGUUUGGGGCCUGUGUAGAGGGUGUGGUGCUAAGAGACAAGUUUGGUGAGGGUGUCAGUGGAAACCUGGUCAUUGGUACACUGGCAUGGCCCUCUCCUUGGGUCAUCGUAUUUGGUUCGUUCUUCUCCACAUGUGGGGCGGGGCUUCAGAGUUUGACAGGAGCACCUCGUCUCUUACAGGCCAUCGCUCGAGAUGGGAUCAUCCCCUUCCUCAGGGUGUUUGGUCACGGCAAGGCCAACGGUGAGCCCACAUGGGCUCUACUUCUCACAGCCACCAUAUGUGAGAUUGGUAUCCUUAUUGCCUCCCUGGAUGCUGUCGCUCCCAUCCUGUCUAUGUUUUUCCUCAUGUGCUACAUGUUUGUGAACCUGGCCUGUGCGCUGCAGACUCUCCUCAGAACACCAAACUGGAGGCCCCGCUUCAAAUUCUACCACUGGGCUCUGUCCUUCCUGGGUAUGAGUUUAUGCCUCUCCCUGAUGUUCAUCUGCUCCUGGUACUAUGCCAUCGUGGCCAUGGUCAUUGCUGGCUGCAUCUACAAGUACAUCGAGUUCUGCGGGGCGGAGAAGGAGUGGGGUGACGGGAUACGAGGAAUCUCUCUCAGUGCUGCCCGAUUCGCUCUGAUGAGGUUGGAGGAAGGACCGCCGCACACCAAAAACUGGAGGCCUCAGAUCUUAGUGCUGGCUGGUUUGGAUGGCGAGCAGAAUGUGGAGCAGCCACGCCUUCUCUCACUGACCAAUCAACUGAAAGCAGGCAAAGGCUUGACCAUUGUGGGUGCUUGUGUCGAGGGCUCGUACCUCAACAACCACACUGAAGCACAAAAAGCAGAACAGUCGCUGAGGAAGCUGAUGGAGACAGAGAGGGUGAAGGGCUUCAGUCAGGUGGUGGUCUCAUCCAACCUACGUGAUGCCACAUCUCAUCUGAUUCAAGCAGGAGGACUGGGCGGCUUACGCCAUAACACCGUGGUCGUCAACUUCCCGAAGAACUGGAAGCAACACGAGGACAACCGGCAUCUAAGGAAUUUCAUUGAGGUCGUGAGGGAAACCACAGCGGCUCACUUGGCUCUUCUGGUGCCGAAGAACAUUGCUGCGUAUCCAUCCAAUGGCGAGCGCUUCACUGAGGGCCACAUCGACGUCUGGUGGAUUGUCCAUGAUGGAGGAAUGCUUAUGCUCUUGCCUUUCUUGCUGCGACAGCACAAGGUUUGGAGAAAGUGCAAAAUGCGCAUCUUUACCGUGGCUCAAAUAGAUGAUAACAGCAUUCAGAUGAAAAAGGACCUGCUGACUUUCCUCUAUCACCUGCGACUCGAUGCUGAGGUGGAGGUGGUGGAGAUGCAUGAGAGUGACAUCUCAGCCUACACCUACGAGAAGACACUGGUAAUGGAACAGAGGUCUCAGAUCCUCAAAGAAAUGCACCUUACCAAGAACGAGUGGGAGAGAGAGAUUCAGAGUAUCACAGACGUGUCCCGCGGCUCCAUCCGCCGGAAGAACCCAUCUAACCUGCAUCCCCCGAAGAACAUUAGUGAGGAGCCUGCAGGGGGCAGUACUGAGGAGAAACCAGAGGAGGAGUCUGUCAGUGUCUCCUGUUCCCGACAGGUACAGCUCAUCCAAGGUAAGAAUACCACUCCCAUCCCUACAAGCCCCGUCUCCCUGAGCCCUAUGGACAAAGGGGCCAUGAGCCCCAGUGAGGAGGUGCAAAUGACCUGGAGCGACGACUUAGACAAGUCCAAGAAUCCAUCCGUGGCUAAUCCAGAGACUAAUAAAGACAUGUUUAACAUUAAACCAGAAUGGGAAAACCUGAACCAGUUCAAUGUGAGGCGUAUGCACCAUGCGCAAAAGCUCAAUGAAGUUAUUGUGAGAAAAUCACAAGACGCAAAGCUAGUCCUGCUAAACAUGCCUGGGCCUCCCAAAAACCGCAAAGGAGAAGAGAACUGUAUCCUUCCUCUUAUCCAGAAUGCCGUAUACAAAGACUAUACCUUUUUUGCUGAUAUUCAAGUGAUGAUCUUCAUCGGAUUUGGCUGCCUUCUAGCCUUCUUUAGGCGCUAUGGAUUUGGUGGAAUGGCUUUUAAUUUCCUGACUGCUACAUUUUCUAUUCAGUGGGCUAUUUUGGUACAAGGUUUUUUCCAUUACUACCAUAAUGGGAAGAUUCAUCUUGGAGUGAUAAAUCUGAUCAAUGCGGAGUUUGCUUGUGCUGCUGUACUGAUCUCAUUCGGAGCAGUGCUGGGGAAGACCAGUCCUGUUCAGCUAUUAAUCAUGGCCAUGCUGGAGGUUCCCAUCUUUGGUAUUACAGAAUGGAUAGUUAUUACAUACCUGAAGAUUAAUGAUGCCGGAGGUUCCAUUCUGGUCCAUCUGUUUGCCUGCUACUUUGGGCUGGGUGUCACCUACAUCCUGUAUAGACCAGAUCUAAAUGAUGGGCAUUCCAACGAGGUUACCAGCUAUCAUUCUGACCUACUUUCAGUGCUAGGUACCCUGUUCCUUUGGGUAUUCUGGCCUUCCUUUAAUUGUGCAGUAACCCUGAGGGGGGAUGACCAGCAUCGUGCCAUUCUUCAUACAUUCAUAGGGUUGAGUGCCUCCACACUAACUGCCUUUGCCCUCUCUCCCUUGCUCAACAAAAAUGGUAAAAUCAGCAUGGCUGACAUACAGAACGUUACCCUGGCUGGUGGAGUCACUGUUGGUGCUUCUGUUGACAUGAUGGUCUCACCUGUUGCCGCUUAUGUGCUAGGGAUGCUGGGUGGCAUGGCUUGUAUGCUUGGUUAUAAGUACCUUAGCCCUUUCCUGGCACGAAGACUGCAUGUUCAGGACCAGUGUGGCAUUCACAAUCUCCAUGGUCUAACGGGGCUUAUCUCAACCCUAGCUGCUAUUUGUGCCAUUCUCUUAGCCAGUGAGGAAACAUAUGGCCCCAGCCUCUACCAGACCUUUUCAUAUCGUGCACCCAAGGAUGGAGACCCUCAGUUACAGGAACUGCAAAAACUGAUUCCAGGAUUAGAGGGAGGUCUGGGACGCACUGCACAAGAACAAGCCUUGUACCAAGUGGCUGCACUGGCGAGCACUAUUGUGGUAGCCAUAGUAGGUGGUGUGCUUACAGGACUCGUGCUCAGGCUACCAUAUCUAGCCUCCCCGACUGAUGUGUUCUGCUUUGAUGAUGAGCCUUUCUUUAAUAUUCCACCAGAUCAGGCAUAUAUAACUGAGACUGAGAAAGAUAUAUCACUAGAGCUUGCAACUUAGCAAAUAUAUUGUGAUGUCUCAAUGAUAUCUAAAUUUUUUAUUUUGACUCUAGCACAUCUUUCCUUUCCCUAUAAAGCAAUAAUUAAAAAAUUAAGUUAACUUUAAGUUAGAUGUAAUUUUGAUUGCUAGCACUAAUUGAAUUACUUGCAGUCUUGCUGAUAUAUAUUGCCACAGUUUAAGAUUUUGGUUCUUGUUUUCAGGUUUUUGGUUGUUGGUUUAUACUUUACACAAUAAAUAAUUUACACUCCUCUACAAUUCCUGACAAUAUGGAGCUUUAUAGUUUAACUACAGCCAUAAAAAGCAUUGUUUGGUUUCAACCAACAUGAUACAAUAUCUGAUAUAGAUACGGAAUAAGAUAAACAGAAUAAUAUUUAAUAAUUGACUGCUAUAUUACAAGUAACAGGCUCUAUAUCUCUAUGUAUAAUCUAUAUAUACAGGCUCUAUGUCUUGUCUCUUUUACUGUCUAAAGCUGUGCACAAAACAUAUACAUAGAAAAGGUUGGGUCUUCCUUUAGUGAAAGACUUCUUUUAGUGGGAUGUUAUCAUAUACAGUACAGAUUUGUGUUAUUUAUGAUAACAUUCAGAUAAUAAUAAAAUACCUAGAGUAUUAUUGAUGGAGUGAACUAUAACUGACCUCUCUUUCCCUAACAAGUGUGAAGUAACAAAAAAGAUAUACCUAUUAACAGUUUGUUGGACUGCCUUAAGCAUUGACGAAAGAGCAUAUUUGCCAUGGCAUUGUUUCAACAACCCUUGCACCAUCAUUUCAUAAUUUAUUGACAUUAAUUUCCAGCCACCAUUGCAUUAAUUUUUUGGCUGAGAUCUUGUAUUGAUCAUGAGAAAGUCUAAACACUAAUGAAAGUUUUCUCCAGCACAUCCCAAAGAUUCUUAUUAAGGUUAGGAGAACAUUGUGAAUGGGCCAAGUCAUGUGUGAAAAUUAAUCCUUCAAGCUGUCAAAACCACUCUUUCUCAAUUUGAGCCCAACAAAUCUGGACAUUUCUUUUGGUGAGGGUUCAGCAGUAUCCUUACAGGGAUUAAAUAAUGCCUUUAUAUUGUAUAUUGUGUUCC